AUGCAACUGUACUGUGGUAAAUGCUCACUGGCAAAUCAUGCCCGGUCUCCCACCCAUCGCAUACAGAAAUGGAACAGCGUAUUCUUUGAGGUAUCUUCUUUGAAGACAUUAGGCCUCCAAGUGCAACUUGGGCAUUCCAUCGGUCAACCAUGCAUCCUCCCACAGUGGGCAUUUAAUGACAACUUCGUGCUGAUAGAUACAAACAGAAUACACGAAAUAGGCCUCGACUUCUGCGGUUGUGAAACAUCCGAGAGAUACAUCAAACAACUACUUCGCCAUGGAUGGUUCCCUUCAACAUCGACUGACCCUAGGACAGCAUCAACAUUUCGACUUUUGCACUACUAUCAAAUUCUAUCUUUCGAGUCGAAGGCAUCGGCUUAUGAGUUCUAUCAUUCCCUUGUUCGACUGACAGAUAAUACAGGAAUGGAUCGUUAUGACAGAUUCAUGCAGAUGGUUCGUGAGUGGCGGCAUCUCACAAUGCUGAAACGUUUCGGACGUGGUCACGAUCCCAGUGGCAUAGAUGGUACAUUGCAGGGCGAAUGUGUAGUUCUAUGUCCAGUGUGUCCACAGCCAGGGAACAAUCUACCUGAUGGCUGGCAAACUGCUACAAAAGCAAAAUGGUGGUUGUAUGCAGUAUUUUUAGCAAUCGACGCGAACUUUCGGUUGAAGAGACGGAACAUAUCAAGUGAUCAAGCAGACCCAAGCCUUUCGAAAGGCUGGGUGUACUUUGUCGACAAGAAGGACUACAAGGCCUUCCUGGCUGAACAUCUUACUGAUGUGCAGGAGAAAAGCAUGUGUUCAAGUCACAACACUGUCAAUAUGGCAGAUACAAAACAGUUACAAGGGCUUACGGCUACAGGCGUGGGGACAGUAGACUGUGCUCAUCAUAAUUUUAAAUGGCCAAAUGGAGUCUGGGAUCUGCAGAAAGGUGAGAAGUACAUCAACAUGGAUUACUUAUUUUUCUCAACUUUGCGUGGUAUGCAGCUUGAAAUGCUUAAUGUGUCAUACGACAUUGCAUGCCAAUGGCACAAAAACCUCUGGGCCCACAUGAAGUCAUUCCCUCAAUCCCAUGGCUUAGACUAUCUCAGCAAGGUCAUACACUUCUUUGUACCAAAAUUCCACCUCCCCGCACAUGUUGCAAAAUGUCAGAUGAUCUUCUCAUUUAACUUCACGCGUUUUGUUGGCCGGACGGAUGGUGAAGCCCCGGAGAGGGGCUGGUCGAAUAUCAACCCCGUGGCAUCAAGUACGAAAGCAAUGGGUCCUGGUUGUUGUUGUGACACGCUGGACGACCACUUCAGAGAUUGGAAUUGGAAAAAGACUGUCGGGUUGGGCGCGUCUCUCCUGUACAAGAUGAAGGAUGCUCUCGCUGAGAAGGCUGCGCAUGCACUCGCAUUUGAGGAAUUUGACGCUGUCAUCACUCUCGAGCAUCACUCUGCAUGGUUAGCAGAAAUGCAAGCUUGGGAGGAUAAUCCAAAUGACACGUCGAUCUCUAAUCCACUCAAGGCCAAAGCCAUGGCUAUAAUGCAAGCAGGAGUAAGGCUAAAGCUUGCGGAGCUGGAGGCUGAGGAGCUUCAGCAAGGUAUAGACUCCUCUUUGCACCCAGAAAUUUCGCCUAGCAUGCUCAUUGCUUCUGGCAUAGACCUGGAAGAGGAACAGCAUCGUCUGGCCAAUAUCACUGAGUCGAUGGGUCAACAUGCUACCGACACGCAGAAAGGCAGUCUCAUGCAGAUGCGGAACUCACUUCGUUGUAGGAUCAAUAUGUGGCAACGUACACAGGCCCAUGAUGCGCUAGAAGAACUUCGGCAGUGUCUACGGAUUCACUGCUCCUUACUGACAUUCAAAAGGGAAUGGGUGCGUGGUCAAGGUGCAAAUACUCAUGCUCAGAAUGCCCUUGCCUGCAUCCACCGAAGGCGCACGGCCUGCGCAAAAAGAUACCAGUCAGCGUGGAUGGUGCUCAAGAGCCUAGCUACAAUCAUGAAGAAGAACAGUUGGCAGGGCAGGUUGGAGGAACUGGCAGACGAUCACGUCAAGCCCCUCAUGGACCCAUAUGCUACUGGUGAAGGGAGACAUCAUGUAUUGUGGAUUUGGAUAAUGGAUGGUGUUGAUCAUGGUGAUGAUGGUGAUGACGAUGGUGUGCGAAUUGAGUGGUGCAAAAGCCAUGCGAGGGCACUGCAAUGGUUGGAAGAGGUGGAAUUACUCAGGGAAGAGAUGCGCAGGGUGCUGGAAUUUUUUACCUGGCAGCAAGCAUGGUGGGAAGAACAGGGAAAGGCAUGCAUUGGGGUUUGUGCCACUGACAUCGAAGGUUUGCGAGCUUAUGCUGCCCGACAGGCUAACAUCCGUUGCAGGCUUGCAGACCAUUUUUGUGUCCUAUGGGCACCCUUUCUUUCGCUGGAAGGUCCCAUUGACCCGCCACCUGAGUUGGCCAAACAUUCAUUACCGGACCUCAUGAUUCCUGACACUCCCUAA